CAACUGUCAUUUCAUUCUGUCACUGUUCCGGUCAUCUGGUUUUUAGUUUUCACAAACUAUUGAUUUUAAGCAAUAAUACAGGGGUCUACAAAUUUUAAUGGAAAGAAAAAAUGUUAACAUUAAGAUACCAAAAGUUAUGACAUGUUGAAUGAGUUUACUCUUUUUACCAUAUUUAACAUUAUAUUUUACAAAAUGGUACUUUUUACGAUAUUAUGUUCAAAACUCACCCCCACAAAAAUGUUUUCAAUGAAAAGUUCAGCCUUGUUUACAUCACAUAUGAAAUGUAUUUAUAGGAAUUCAAAUAGAUUUUUUUCUGAUAAGUGUAAGUCAGAGGAAAAGGUGGGUGAGGCGUGGCCGCGGCGGGUGGUGACCGGGCUGCAGCCCACGGGCGAGCUGCACUUGGGCAACUACUUCGGCGCGCUGCGGCGCUGUGUGCAGCUGCAGGAGCAAGGCGAUGACGUCAUGGUCUUCAUUGCCGACUUGCACUCGUUUACAGGACGCCAGGAGGCGGGCGAGCUGCAGCCGCGCACGCUGCAGGUGGCGGCGGCGGCGCUGGCGGCGGGCCUGUGCCCGGAGCGCGGCGUGCUGUUCGUGCAGUCGGCGGUGGCGCGGCACGCCGAGCUGUGCUGGCUGCUCGCCUGCCUGGCGACGCACGCGCGCCUCGCGCACCUGCCCCAGUACAAGGAGAAGGCCGCCGCCAUCAAGGAGGUCCCCGUCGGUCUCCUGCUCUAUCCCGUGCUCCAGGCGGCCGACAUCCUGGUGUACCGCGGCACGCACGUGCCUGUGGGCGCGGACCAGGCGCAGCACCUGCAGGUGGCGGCGCAGCUGGUGCGCACCUUCCACCACCGCUACGGGCGCGCGUUCCCCACACCGCGCGCGCUGCUGCCCGAUGAUGGCAGCGACAGAAUCAGAAGUCUGCGCGAUCCGUCGAAGAAAAUGUCCAAGUCCGAUCCCGACCCUAAGAGUCGGAUCUUGCUGACCGACUCCGACGACGCCAUCCGGCUCAAGAUAAGGAAGGCCGUCACCGACUUCACGCCACAGGUGACGUUCGAGCCGGAGAGUCGCGCGGGCGUGUCGAACCUGGUGCGGCUGCACUGCCUGGCGCGCGACCUGGUGCCGGAGGAGGCGGUGAGCGAGGCGGAGGGGCUGACGAGCGCGCAGUACAAGGAGGUGGUGGCGAGCGCGCUGUGCGAGUGCGUGGCGCCGGUGCGCGCGCGCCUGGCCGACCUGGCGGCGCGCCCGCACCUGGUGCGCGACGUGCUGCGGCACGGGGCUGCGCGCGCACGCCUCCGCGCCGACGAGGUGUACGAGCGCGUGGCCGAGCUGACCGGCCUGCGCCCCCCCGCAGCGCUCUCAGACCGACUUGUUAACUAGUUAAGGAUACUAUUAGGUAUUUGUUUCCUGUGAUCAUAGUACUAGCUUGUUUUGUAUCUAAAUACAUUAUCAACAAGUAGAUAAAAGAAUGGAUCGUUAUUUAUGUCCAACAACUUGUCCUGUCCUGUGCCCCUCCUCCGUUAAAUCCACUUCCCAUUCCCAUCCUUUUCAUAUAAAAAAAUGGGAAUGGAAAGAGUCCAAAACUAAGACUAGGAAAUUCUUUGUAUAGGUUUAGAUUCUUUGCUGAGUGAAUGAGUAAAACACAAAAGAUGUUCAAACUUGUAAGUUGCGAGGUUGGAGAAGGUGAUGUGUGCGCCCGAGCGGCGCAAGUACAGGUGCAAUACAGGCGCAAGUACAGGUGCAAUACAGGCGCAAGUACAGGCGCAAGUACAGGUGCAAUACAGGCGCAAGUACAGGUGCAAUACACGCGCAAGUACAGGUGCAAUACAGGCGCAAGUACAGGUGCAAUACAGGCGCAAGUACAGGUGCAACAAAGGCGCAAGUACAGGUGCAAUACAGGCGCAAAAUAGACACAAUCGCACAAUACUCGCCCACUUGAGCAAUUUGCGCGCGUCGUGUCCCAUUUCCCAACAACGAGUGGGUUAUGUGUACGCACGCGCUGACUCUGAAAUGGGGUUAUACACACGUGACAGCAAAUCAUUUAUACAUUAUUCAAGUUAACGUUUCACAUUGUAUUUUACCACGUGGUUUUAUUUGUCA